AUGCCAAGGAGGAAACAGCAGGCACCCAAGCGGGCGGCAGGCUACGCCCAGGAGGAGCAGCUGAAGGACCAGGAGGAGAUAAAAGAGGAAGAGGAAGAGGAGGAAGACAGCGGUUCCGUGGUUCAACUGCAGAGCAGCAAUGACCCCGGGACAGACGAGGAGCUAGACAUGGGUCAGGAGCCGAAGGGCUGCUUCAGCUACCAGAACUCCCCGGGCAGCCACUUGUCCAACCAGGACGCAGAGAGCGAGUCUCUGCUGAGCGAUGCCAGUGACCCCGUGUCCGACAUCAAGAGUGUGUGCGGCCGGGAUGCCCUGGACAAGACAGCCGGCGCUCGGCCCAAGCUGCCCGGGGAAGCCCACAACUGCAUGGACAAAAUGACGGCCGUCUACGCCAACAUCUUAUCUGAUUCCUACUGGUCGGGCCUGGGCCUGGGCUUCAAGCUGUCCAACAGUGACCGGCGGCAUUGUGACACCCGAAAUGGCAGCAGCAAGACGGAUUUUGAUUGGCACCAAGACGCUCUGUCCAAAAGCCUGCAGCAGAACCUGCCCUCCCGGUCCGUGUCGAAGCCCAGCCUGUUCAGCUCGGUGCAGCUGUACCGACAGAGCAGCAAGGCGUGCGGGAGCGUGUUCACCGGGGCCAGCCGGUUCCGCUGCCGCCAGUGCAGCGCCGCCUAUGACACCCUGGUCGAGCUGACCGUGCACAUGAACGAGACGGGCCACUACCAAGAUGACAACCGCAAAAAGGACAAGCUUCGGCCCCUGAGCUACUCCAAGCCCCGCAAGCGGGCCUUCCAGGACAUGGACAAGGAGGACGCCCAGAAGGUGCUGAAGUGCAUGUUCUGCGGUGACUCUUUUGACUCCCUCCAGGAUCUGAGCGUCCACAUGAUCAAAACGAAACAUUACCAAAAAGUGCCUUUGAAGGAGCCAGUCCCCACCAUUUCAUCCAAGAUGGUCACUCCAGCCAAGAAGCGUGUCUUUGAUGUCAACCGGCCGUGUUCCCCGGACUCCACCACGGGGUCGUUCGCGGACUCGUUUUCGUCCCCGAAGGGCAGCAGCCUGCAGCUGUCCUCCAACAACCGCUACGGCUACCAGAACGGCGCCAGCUACACCUGGCAGUUCGAGGCCUGCAAGUCCCAGAUCCUCAAGUGCAUGGAGUGUGGGAGCUCCCAUGACACCUUGCAGCAGCUCACCACCCACAUGAUGGUCACAGGACACUUUCUCAAGGUCACCAGCUCUGCCUCCAAGAAAGGGAAGCAGCUGGUGUUAGACCCGCUGGCGGUGGAGAAAAUGCAGUCUUUGUCCGACGCUCCCAACAGCGAUUCUCUGGCUCCCAAGCCAUCGAGUAAUUCAGCUUCGGACUGUGCCGCUUCUACGACUGAGAUAAAGAAGGAGGGUAAGAAAGAAAAGCCAGAGGAGGCCACCAAGGAGGAGAAAGCCGUGAAAAGCGAGGACUACGAAGACCCUCUACAAAAACCGCUAGAUCCUACCAUAAAGUAUCAGUACCUACGGGAGGAGGAUCUGGAAGAUGGCUCCAAGGGUGGAGGGGACAUCCUGAAAUCACUGGAAAACACUGUCACCACAGCCAUCAACAAGGCCCAAAACGGGGCUCCCAGCUGGAGUGCGUACCCCAGCAUCCACGCCGCCUACCAGCUGUCAGAGGGCACCAAGGCCUCCUUGCCUCUGGGCUCCCAGGUGCUGCAGAUGCGGCCCAACCUCACCAACAAGUUGAGGCCAAUUGCUCCCAAGUGGAAAGUAAUGCCCCUGGUGUCUGUGCCCACGAACCUGGCCCCAUACACUCAAGUGAAGAAGGAGCCAGAAGACAGGGAGGAAACAGUGAAGGAGUGUGGGAAGGAAAGUCCCCGUGAAGAAGCGUCAUCUUUCAGCCACAGUGAGGGGGAGUCUUGCUCCAACAGCGAACCCCCUUCGGAAUCCAAAAAGCCUGAGCCUUGCCCCCCGAAGGAGGAGGACAAGCUGAUGAAAGAGGGCGGUGAGAAGGAGAAAACUCAUCCCCUGGAGCCUGCGUCUCCCCUCAGCAACGGGUGCGCCCUCACCAACCACGCGUCGGCCCUGCCGUGCAUCAACCCGCUCAGCGCACUGCAGUCCGUCCUGAACAACCACCUGGGCAAAGCCACGGAGCCCCUGCGCUCCCCUUCCUGCUCCAGCCCCAGCUCAAGCACAAUCUCUAUGUUUCACAAGUCCAGUCUCAGCGCCAUGGACAAGCCGGCCUCGAGUCCUGCCACCGCGAGGCCGGCCAGCGUGUCCAGGCGCUACCUGUUUGAGAACAACGACCAGCCCAUCGACCUGACCAAGUCCAAAAGCAAGAAAGCCGAGUCCUCCUCGCAAGCACAAUCCUGCACGUCCCCGCCUCAGAAGCAUGCUCUGUCUGACAUCGCCGACAUGGUCAAAGUCCUCCCCAAAGCCACCACCCCGAAGCCCGCCGCCUCCUCCAGGGUCCCACCCAUGAAGCUGGAGGUGGACGUCAGGCGCUUCGAGGACGUCUCCAGUGAGGUCUCCACGUUGCAUAAAAGAAAGGGCCGACAGUCCAACUGGAACCCCCAGCACCUUCUGAUCCUGCAAGCUCAGUUCGCGUCAAGCCUCUUCCAGACAUCGGAGGGCAAGUACCUGCUGUCCGACCUGGGUCCCCAAGAGCGGAUGCAGAUCUCAAAGUUCACGGGACUCUCGAUGACCACCAUCAGCCACUGGCUGGCCAACGUCAAGUACCAGCUUAGGAAAACGGGCGGGACGAAAUUUCUGAAAAACAUGGACAAGGGCCACCCCAUCUUUUACUGUAGUGACUGUGCCUCCCAGUUUAGAACCCCUUCUACUUAUAUCAGCCACUUGGAAUCGCACCUCGGCUUCCAAAUGAAGGACAUGACCCGCAUGGCCGUGGAGCAGCAAGGCAAGGCGGAACAAGAGAUCUCCCGGGUGUCGUCGGCUCAGAGGUCUCCGGAAACCAUAGCUGGCGAAGAGGACACGGACUCUAAGUUCAAGUGUAAGUUGUGCUCUCGGACAUUUGUGAGCAAACACGCAGUAAAACUCCACCUAAGCAAAACGCACAGCAAGUCACCCGACCACCACUCUCAGUUUGUAACAGACGUGGAUGAAGAAUAG